AUGGAAUUUGAAAAGAAUAUUGUGAACUAUCUCGAGUCAAAGCAAUCUGCUGAAUGGAGUUUAAUUGGAGUUCUACGAUAUUUAGCUGAGAAUAUGGAAUACACAAGUGAAACACGAAAUAAAGCUAAUAAACUUUGCGAAUCUUUGAAGCAAACUCUAACUCGCAUAGAUAUUAAUGAAUUCCUAGACCAACAAGAUGUUAAAUUUUCUAAGAAACAUUACGUGACAAAUGUUGAAAAAAGUGUUAUUAUAGAUAAAAUAGUAGUAGUAAAAGAAACCAGUAAAAUAUUCGCAGUGGAUCAUAACAAUGAAGUCAUUAAAAACUCAAUUGUUGAAGUUGUAAGGGAAGAAGGAGUAAGUGCGCAAGUAGAUGGUGGAAACAUAAGUAUAGAACAGACUACUGAGGGUACACAAGAUGAAGUUAAAGUAGAUGAAAAUGAGAAGAUGAUAUGCGUAAAAAGCAUACUUGAGGACUCGAUGACAGCUUCAACUGUUGAAAAGGCUACUGCAGAAUUUUUCUUAAAAAACUUUUCUACUACUACAAUUAUGGAUUUACGCCCAAAAACAGAAUUUUCAUUAGCUCUGGAUUCGAAGCUUCAAAUGGAAAUAUUACACGAAAUUUUUGAUCCAAUUGAUAACGGAUACGUAACAGAUGAGAUUCAUGAUUUUCUCGUCAUAUUUUUCAAUGAAGACCAAAGUGCAGGAGGCUGGGCUGAAGCUAUUGAUAAUAUGACCAUUAAUAAUGAUGAUUCGAAAAUGUUAGGAAAAAUCAAGAAGCUGAUAAAAGAAACUCUUCCAAAAUUCGAGGGGGCUAGACCAGGAGCAUCCCAGAAAAAAAGCAUUGAUGACGAUGAUAAAAAUGCCAAAAGCAUGAAAGCGCUUUACAAUAAUAUUGUAAUAGCAGAAGCUGAUUCUCGUCACCAGCUUUUUACGAACCUGAAAAUAUACGGCCUGACUGCAUUUAAAACAGAAGUGUCACUCAUAAUGAUGGAUUUUCGCAGCGUUCAUAGGUUGUUUGAGAUUGAUCAUUUCAGAAUACCGAAAGAUUGGAUUGAUAUGUCAAACUUUGUAUGGAUGUAUGAGGCUAUAAUUAAGUGGGCUUUAUGUGUUAAUUCAACACGAGAGGAGUUUAUUAAACAUAGAAAGAAAAGAAAAGCAACCCGAUACUUCAAGUCAAUUAAUGCAAAAAAAUUAGCACGAUUGAGAACUUAG